CUGCAGAUAUUUGUGUGUUACUUUGACCGACACGAGCAGGAGCAACAAUGAGUGGACGAGGCAAAACUGGUGGGAAAGUUCGGGCGAAGGCGAAGACCCGUUCGUCUAGGGCAGGCUUGCAGUUCCCUGUCGGCCGUGUCCAUAGACUGCUACGCAAAGGCAAUUAUGCUGAGCGCGUUGGCGCAGGAGCGCCGGUGUACUUGGCCGCUGUUCUGGAGUAUCUCACGGCGGAAAUCCUCGAGUUGGCUGGCAACGCAGCCCGGGACAAUAAGAAAACUCGCAUCAUCCCCCGGCACCUUCAGCUGGCUGUCCGUAACGACGAAGAGCUGAACAAGCUUCUGGGCGGCGUAACAAUCGCUCAGGGUGGAGUGCUACCGAACAUCCAGGCCGUACUGCUGCCCAAGAAAACCGAGAAGGCCGCCAAAGCAAAGUAAAUUUACCAGAAUACCCAUUCCAGCGAACCAAAGGCUCUUUUUAGAGCCGCCCACUUUUCAUUAAAAGCGCAAUGUUUCAUUCCAAAUAAAA